AUGACGAAGCCCACUAACGGCCCUCUAGGGGCUCGUGUUCUUCUGGCAGGCUCUCAGAUACCCCAGUGGACGCAGACUCGUCUCGUUCAUCUGCAACGCAGCCUCCUCGAGGAUGGUCGAUUUGAUUUUCUUGCUCGCGUCUUAUUGGAGCUGCCGGCCAUAUGGCUCAAGCUGCAAAGAGUCGGCAUCCACGACUCCGUCUCCGUUCAGUUGCAAGCCUUGCGAGCUUUCGCCCUGGGUGAAAGCACCUUGGAUAGCCGGGAGCUGACCAACAGCCAGCUGGCUCCCCUGACGGUCGUAUCACAAGUGCAUGAUUGGAUCAUAAAACGCGACAAAAAAUGUGCUUGGCUGAACCCUGAUGAUGGAGACGUCCAGGCUGCCCAGGGUUUGUGUCUGGGCUUUCUUUUCGUCGCCGUCUUGUCAACUGCCCAGAAUGAGUUGGAGUUUGAGAGAGGGGUCGCCAAUAGCGUACGUCUCGCGGCAGCUAUCGGGAGCAUUGUGGAUUCCGAAUCCAUGGCCUGCCUGUCCAAGAACCGCGCAACUGCCGUCUCUGUCAGGUGCAAGGCUCCUUCAGACCAUGCCAGCUUGGACUCGGCUCUGGACCUCUUCCCCGAGGCAUACGUCUCCUGCGUUUAUGACGUGGGCGCUUACACCGUCACCAUGCCGCGCCACAACCUGGAUGCCUUUACCGACCAUCUUAAGAAAGAUGGGAUUGAACUGUGUCCCAUCGGCUUGGAUGGCAGCUACCACCAUGCAAAGCACCGCGAUGCUGCCCAGAGAUUGAAGAGGAUAUGUGCAGAAUCGAUUGAGCUUCAACUCCCAAGUGCCAAGUCGCUUCGGCUCCCCCUACGCUCCACGGCCGACACAAUGGUUAUUACCUCGGGCAGAUUGCAUGACACCGCCAUAGAUACCAUACUGUGUCAACGCGUUCAUUGGUUUCAAACCGUGAAGCUGACGGCGUCGGCCGGUUCCACAUUCGAAUGUCCCAGGCUCGAGUCGAUCGGUCCGGAACCAUGCAUCCCCCCAUCGCUUCUCUCGUCCUGCAAGGGAAAGACGGCCGUGGCUGACGGGAUAGCCGUUGUGGGUAUGUCGUGCCGCUUCCCCAAGGCAUCGUCUACUGAGGAGCUUUGGCAACUCCUGUGCUCGGGCGAGGUGGCACUCGGCCCCUUGCCGCCGGGACGGUUCAACCGAGAUGACAUGACGAGAGAGCCGCACAUGAAAGAGUUUUGGGGAAACUUCCUCGAUCACCCUGACAAGUUUGAUCACCGCUUCUUUGGCAUCUCGGGUCGCGAAGCAAAGUCCAUGGACCCUCAGCAACGCCUCGCCCUGCAAGUUGCCUACGAGGCACUGGAAUCGUCGGGGUACUGCGGCCUACCUCCAGGCCAACGAGAGUUGGAUAUGGGAUGCUAUCUGGGCGUCGGACCUGUCGACUACGAAGACAACGUUGCCUCGGCUGACGCUACUGCCUUCUCCGCCACUGGCACUCUGCGUGCCUUCACCAGCGGUCGCAUUAGCCACUUUUUCGGCUGGUCAGGGCCAUCCAUCACGUUUGAUACGGCGUGCUCGUCCUCGGCGGUUGCGAUACAUACCGCCUGCAAGGCAGGCCUCCUUGCAAUCCUCGGUGGGGAAUGUGCCAUGGCUCUGGCUGGGGGCGUAAACGUCAUCACCAGCCCAAUCCCCUAUCAAAAUCUCGCCGCCGCGUCGUUUCUGAGACCUCAUGGCUCCUCCGUGGCCUUUGAUGCCUCCGCAAGUGGCUACUGCCGAGGCGAGGGAGCCGGACUUUUGGUUCUGAAACGCUACUCUGCAGCAGUCGCCGACGGCGAUGCGAUUCUGGGCAUCAUUUCUGGCUCAGCCAUCAACCAAAAUCACCACAGUAAUUCCAUCACCGUCGCCGACUCCCCAUCUCAAGAAACGCUGUUUCAACGAGCACUCUCAUUGGCGCAAGCAGAUGCAAAUGACAUAUCCUACGUUGAAGCACACGGGACUGGGACCCCAGUCGGAGAUCCCAUCGAGUAUGAAAGUGUCCGCUCAACGUUUGGUGGGCCGCGUCGUAAUGAGGAGCUGUUUCUCGGAUCGAUAAAAGAUAUAAUCGGUCAUGCAGAAGCCGCCUCCGGUGUGGCUAGUCUCAUCAAAGUCUUGCUCAUGAUGAGGCACCAAAUGAUUCCGAAGCAGGCCAAAUUCACAACCCUGAGCCCCCGAAUCAAGUCGACUUCCGCGGAUCGCAUCACCAUACCACAGGAAACGCAACCUUGGGCGGCCCAUCGGCUCGUUGCAUUGGUAAACAAUGGUGGCGCGGCCGGGAGCAACGUGUCUUUUGUCGUUCGCGCCCACCCACCGACAGCAUCGCGGCAAGCGGCAGAUUUGCACGCCCUACCCUCCUACCCUGUGGUUUUGUCGGCCAAGUCAGAGGUUAGCCUGCGGGCCUAUAUGGAUAGGCUGAAGCGCUACCUGACAACCGCCCAGCUAUCCAUUGGUGAUGUUUCAAUGGAGCUCAUGCGGCGGCAGAAUCCGCAGCUACCAUGCCGAAUGGCAUUUGCAACAAGCGAUAUUUGCGACUUGGCUUCGAAACUAAACGAUACCGUGGCCAUUGUCGGGGAGGGCGCUGCUACGCAGACACGACCACGUCCCAUCGUGCUAGCUUUUGGCGGCCAGACGGGACAAGCACCAUCUGUUUCGAGGGACGUGUACCAACGCUGUGACAACUUUCGGCAUCACCUGGACAAGUGCCAUGAGGUCUGCGAGGCACUUGGCCUCCCUGUCAUAUUACCCGCAAUCUUCGAGGCAAAGCCAGCGGAUGACAUUGUGCAUGCCCAUUGUCUCUUGCUGUCACUUCAAUACGCGAGCGCCAAAUCCUGGAUCGGGUCCGGAUUGGCCGUCGAUACCCUGGUCGGCCAUAGCUUUGGUCAGCUCACUGCUCUCUGCGUCGCUGAUUCCCUGUCGCUGGAGGAUGCGUUCCGUCUCGUCUCUGGCCGAGCCCGCCUCAUCAGAGACUCGUGGGGACCUGAUCCGGGAUCCAUGUUAUCAAUCGAGUGCAGUGCCGACGAACUAGAGACGGUGGUCAACCGUGUGCAGGCCACACCUGGCUGCCACCUGGACGUUGCUUGCUUCAAUGGCCCUCGGAGUUUUGUCGUGGCCGGCACUGCCGCAUCCAUCGACAAGGCAAUGGAUAGCUGCCAUUCCUUCAAGACGAAGAAACUUCAAAGCUCGCACGGGUAUCAUUCAUAUCUCGCCGACAGCGUGCUAGACGACUUGAAACGCUUGACCGGAACGCUCACCAUUCGGCCACCUCGCAUCCACAUCGAAUUCUGCUCCAUUGACGGCCACUCAUCGGCAUUUACGACGGCUGACGCAGUGGCCGAGCACACGCGACAACCCGUUCACUUUUCUGAUGCAGUACGCCGCAUUGAUGCUCGUCUGGGCUACUCUAUUUGGCUUGAGGCAGGAUCAAGUACUCCAAUCAUCCCCAUGGCACGUCGGGUCCUGAGUGGCCUCGGCACGGAGCACACGUUUAUAGCCAUGGACCUCCGAGGCGAUGAUGCAGUCAAGAAUUUGGCCAAUGCUGCUUGUCAACUAUGGAAUGCGGGUAAUGGCUGUCAAUACUGGCCCUUUUCUCGUGCCAAAGGCCCAGCUCUCAGCAUCCCUGACUUCCCCCUAUAUCAGUUUGAGCAAGUGCCUCACUGGAUUUCCUACGAUCUUGCAACUGGAUCUCGGCCGCAGAUGUCCAUGUCAUCAUCGGGCAGCGAUCUGGUGAGCAUGGUGAACGAGGACGCCACCGUCGGCGAGUACAUGUUUGCGGUGGGAAAGUCGCAUGUUUUUUACGACUUAGCCGUCAAGGGGCACGCGGUGUGCGGUCAAGGCAUGUGCCCUGCAUCUCUUCAUCUCGAGCUGGCGGCUCGAUGCGUCAAAUUGGCAUCGGGAGACCAGUCGACGAGAACCGACUCAUGCCCUCAUUUUGAAAACCUUACCAUGUCUGCCCCACUGGCCUACGCUACCGCAUCUGGUCUGUUUGUUCGGCUCCAGCGAACUUCUCCUGGCGUCUACGACUUUACCAUCUACAGCGCUCAAGUUUGCGCUCAGACGCAAGACCAAGGCGGGAAGCACACAGAGCAUGCCCGAGGCCGUGUCCGUCUCGUCCACUCACAGGAUGCCGCCGGUGUUGCACGGUGGCAGUUGCUGCAGAAGCUCGCCAAGCAGUCGAGGUACCAGCGGAUCAGCAACGCGGCCACGUCCAAGGGAGUCAGCGGUUCGCUCGUAUAUCAACUAUUCUCCAGUGUCGUCGAGUACGCCCCAUACUAUCAAGGUCUACAACGCGUGGUCGCAUUGGACAACGAAGCUGUAGGGGACGUGACGGUACCUAGCAGCCACAUACUCUGCGGGUCUGGAGAUAUGUCUAUCUGCGACCCCAUCGCCCUCGACAAUUUUCUGCAGGUGGCGGGAAUUCAUGUCAACUGUCUCACAUCGCGCAAAGAAUCCGAGGUGUUUGUGUGCACAUCCGUUGACGAAGUCAUGCUAAGCCCGUCGUUUGCAAACGCAAGGGACGGCAAGAGCCGUGAUUGGGCUGUGUAUUCCUGUUACGAGACUUUGACGCGCGGUCACGUAACGAACGAUAUCUUCAUUUAUGAAAGCGAUUCCAGGAGCCUCGCCGCUGUCAUUCUGGGAGCAGAUUUCCGCAGCGUUGGCUUCAAAGGCUUAAGAUGCACCCUCGAACGCUCACGCAUUGCCGGCAUGACGAAGGAAGUAGUGCCUAUGCACGAGAGCGACUCGGGAUAUCAGUCUCCUGCCGAUGCCUCUCCAAUCGAGGCCAGCAAGGACUCAUCGUUGUUCGACAAGUAUAGUCCCUCCAAUAUUGGGGAUUCCUCUUACUCGAGUGCCAAUCGACCUGGGAAGGCUAGUGUGUGUGCUGCUGACGUUAUGCUGCCGCUUCGAGACCUCCUGAGUAGUGUUAUUGAAAUGCCGUUGGGCGAUAUCAAAGCCGACUCAACACUAGAGUAUCUUGGCAUCGAUUCACUGCUCGUCAUGGAGGUCGUGUCCGAGAUCAAAGAAAAGCUUGGACUCACAGUCGAUCAAGCACAGCUCCUUGAGUGCGAGGACGUCCUUGGGUUAAGUCGACUAAUCCAGUCAGAGUCGGGCCUCGAGGUGGAGGCAAUUCCAGUGACAACCAAAAGCAGCGACAAAGCCAAAAACCCUGCCGAGCUUGUUCAGCAGACUGAAUUGGCCCAAGAACCAGCAAAGGUUUGGGAGAGCUUAGCACUCGUCGGAAGCCAAUCCUUUGCAGAGGUUAAUCCGUUUUACGACCAACACGCGACCACGACUGAGUUUGCCGAUUUCUACAAAACGUGCUGUCCCCUUCAGUCGCGGCUCGUCGUCGCCUACGUUGUGAACGCCUUUUCCAACCUCGGCUGCAAGCUCGACAGCCUAUUUGAAGGGGCCGAGGUGUCGAUCCCGUAUCACGAGAGGCACCAAAAGUUGAUUCCUCAGCUAUACAAGAUGCUGGAGGAAGCCGGCCUGGUUGCUCAUGACGGCAAGAUUCUGCGUCGCACCGCCAAGCUGAUGUCGACUGAUUCUGUAGAGGAUCUUCACAACACGCUGCUUGCGUUCCCGAGGCAUGCGUCUGAGACCAAGCUCCUCCAGGUGACCGCCUCACGUCUCGCAGACUGUCUUUCUGGGUCCGCCGAUCCGUUGGUGUUGUUGUUCCAAAACGCAACGGCACGUUCACUGCUCGAAGACGUGUAUACAAACUCACCAAUGUUCAAGACUGCCACCUUGUUCCUCGAGCAGUAUCUCUGCUCCAUGCUCUCCCAUUUCGAGGGCUCUGGUAGGGAGAUUAGCAUCAUCGAGCUCGGUGCUGGCACCGGAGGAACCACGAAGCAGAUUGUAGAGACUCUAAGCAAGCUUGACAUCAAAUUUUCCUACACAUUUACAGAUCUUUCCUCGUCAUUGGUGGCAGCCGCCCGCCGAUCGUUCUCACAUUUACCAUUUAUGAGGUUCAAGGUGUUUGAUAUCGAGAAAACCCCUGAGGAAGAGUGGCAGGGCUCCAUGGACAUUGUCAUUUCCACCAACUGCAUCCACGCGACCAGCAACCUCGUCAAGUCGACGACGAACAUCCGGAACCUGCUACGACCGGAUGGCAUUCUUUGCCUUGUCGAGCUGACGCAGAACCUGUACUGGUUCGAUCUCGUGUUUGGCCUUCUCGAUGGCUGGUGGCUAUUUAGCGACGGACGCCAGCAUGCGCUGGCGGACGAGCAUAGAUGGGACUUGUGUUUGAAAGAGGCUGGGUUUGGAUGGGUGAGAUGGAGCGACUCUACGUCCAAGGAGUCGCAGCUUAUCCGUGUCAUCGCCGCAUCACCGUCGGACCUGGUAUCACCAGGCAACCAUUCGGUUUCCGAGGCCGAUCCCGAGAAGCUGCGUGGGCAUGAGCAUCGACAGGAGACGUUGGUGUUCAAGCAAGUGGACGGCCUCAAACUGCAGGCUGAUUUGUACUACCCACUGGAACCAGUUCCGGACGAGCGACCUCUCCCAGUAGCUCUCAUGAUUCACGGUGGCGGUCACAUCAUGCUCUCUCGGCGGGACAUUCGACCGAGGCAGGUUCAGAUUCUGCUUAAUAGCGGCUUUUUGCCUAUCAGCGUUGACUAUCGAUUGUGUCCGGAAGUGACGCUUCCAGAAGGCCCCAUGGCGGACGUGGCGGAUGCGCUGUCUUGGGUGCGAAGCGUUCUCCCUGGCGUACGUCUGAAUCGAGCAGACGUUCGCGUCGACCCGACGCGGGUUGUGGCUGUGGGCUGGUCGACGGGCGGCCAUCUGGCCCUGUCUCUCGGGUGGACAUGCAUCCCUCGAGGCAUUCAGCCCCCACAGGCAGUCCUGGCAUUCUACAGCCCGUUGGACUACGAGGAUGCCUUCUGGCAGAAGCCAAACUACCCCGCUGGCACCGACACAGGGAUGGCAUACGACCUGACUGAAAUUAUCUCCCAAGCUGUUGCGGAGAAGCCAGUGGCCAGCUUUGCCAUACCGGCUUCCGAAGGCGUAGUUGGGGGGUGGGUGUCCCCCAACGCACGCAGCCGACUGGCUCAAUACAUGAACACUCGGGGGCAUUCAUUACACGUGCUCCUCGGUGGGCUGUGCAGGGAUAGCGACGCUCAACGGCUUCCGCUACCGACUGAGUCUGAAAUUGCCGCCGUGAGCCCGUUGGCCCAGGUUCGCCAAGGUAAUUACGCAACGCCGACGUUCAUCAUACAUCCCCGUGAAGACGACCUCAUUCCGUGGCAGCAGGCUCAGCGGACGUGGGAGGCCCUUUGCGAACGCGAUGUUGACUCGGAGUUGAGGAUAUUGGAGCAUGUACCUCAUUUGUUUGACAUGAGCAACAAGAUGCUUCAGGACGACGUGGUGCAAAGCGCGAUUCGAGAUGGAUAUGAAUUCCUGAGCGAACAUGUCGGGCUGGCGCGGGUAGGUGGGUAG